UCUUUCUUCACAGAGAACUGACAGUCGCCCGCGUUGAAAGGAAAAAGGUGAAAUUUUUGCGGCGGAAAAAGUUUGCAUUUUUCAGGAAUUGGCACAUUUUUGCGCUUCAAGGGAAGCAAAUUUCCACCAACGAAUCCGUUCACCAUUUCGCAGCUACCAAACGAAAAGCGGAAAAACACUGUACCAGUAGUUUUGCAAAGAGUUUGGAAAGUGCACACAUUCGCAUACACCGAACACAGGUACACACGCGGAAAGCAACUGCCUCACGCAAGCACCACACCGAGGCUCGCUUUUCUUUGGGCGACAUCUUUUAUUCGAUUGUUUCGAGACACUUCGCGGAACGUGCGGUAGAUUAAACGAUUAGUAAAUUGCGUUGAUAAGCGAGAAGCAGAUUUUAAGUGGCAGAUUAGUUACAAGUUUUAUCAUAGCGACUACUGCUGGGCUUACGGUUUACGGGCCCCCGAAACUUGGUGGGGUCAGCAUUAGCAGUAACAUUUUUGUGAUAAAGAACAAAGGACAAUCGUCCUUGGCGGAAGGCAACGGUGGGCACCAUAAACAGAUCGAUUGAUUUUACCAACAUUGAACAACAUGUCGUGGGAACCGCAACCGGAUGGUCUGAGCCAGAUCAUCACACUGUUGAAGCAGUCACAAUCAAAGGAUAAUAUGGUACAACGUGCGGUGCAACUGAAAUUGGAAGAACUCAACCAGUAUCCGGACUUCAACAACUAUCUAAUCUAUGUGCUGACGAAGCUGACUUCGGAAAAUGAACCGACUCGAUCACUAUCUGGAUUGAUUCUGAAAAACAACAUUCGCAUCCACGGAGCACAGCUACAACCGGCUAUUCUCGAGUACAUCAAGCAGGAAUGUCUGAUGGCGCUCAGCGAUCCGUCACCGCUGAUCCGAGCGACGGCCGGUAUCCUCAUCACGACCAUCGCCAAUACGGGCGGGCUACAGAACUGGCCGGAACUGUUGCCGACGUUAUGUGACAUGCUCGAUUCGCAGGAUUACAUUGUGUGCGAGGGUGCGUUUGGUGCGUUGCAGAAAAUUUGCGAAGAUUCGGCCGACACGCUCGAUAGCAGUGCCCUAAACCGUCCACUAAACAUCAUGAUUCCAAAGUUCCUGCAAUUUUUCCGCCACUCGAGUCCUAGCAUUCGAUCGUACGCGAUCGCUUGCAUCAACCAGUUUAUCGUCAAUCGCACCCAGGCCCUGAUGGUGCACAUCGACACGUUCAUCGAGAACCUGUUUCACAUUUCGUCGGACGAUGAUCGCGAGGUACGGAAGAACGUGUGCCGUGGUUUGGUAAUGUUGCUGGAAGUGCGCAUCGAUCGGCUAAUGCCGCACAUGAACAAUAUCAUCGAGUACAUGCUGGUGCAGACGCAGGAUUCGGACGAAACGUCGCUAAAUGCUUGCGAAUUCUGGCUCUCGCUUGCCGAGCAGAACAUCUGCAAGGAGGUACUGACGCCCCAUCUGCCACGCUUGGUGCCGGUGCUGGUGCGCGGAAUGAAGUACAGCGAUAUAGACAUCAUGGUACUGAAGGGCGACGUGGAAGAGGAUGAAAUGAUUCCGGAUCGCGAGGAGGACAUUAAGCCACGGUUCCACAAGUCCCGAACGGUCACACAGAAACCCUCGAUCGGUGCGGGAGCAAGCGGUAGCGAUAGUGCGGUACGAUCCAUGGAAGGCAACGAUGAUGAUGACGACAUUGAUGAUCCUUACGUCGAUAUGAAUGACGACAGUAAUCCAUCCGAUUGGAACUUGCGCAAGUGCAGUGCGGCAACGCUGGACGUGCUGGCGAACGUCUACAAGGACGAGUUUCUGCCGAUCCUGUUGCCCAUUCUGAAGGAGACACUCUUUCACGAGGAGUGGUUGGUGAAGGAAAGUGGCAUUCUGGCGUUGGGUGCGAUCGCGGAAGGUUGCAUGACCGGCAUGGUGCCACAUCUGCCCGAGCUGAUCCCGUAUCUGAUCGUGUGCCUUUCGGACAAGAAAGCACUCGUACGAUCCAUUACCUGCUGGACGCUGUCGCGCUACGCCCAUUGGGUCGUCAGUCAGCCGCACGAUCAGUAUCUGAAGCCGCUGAUGAAGGAGCUGCUGAAGCGCAUUCUGGAUGCGAACAAGCGCGUACAGGAAGCGGCCUGUUCGGCUUUUGCCACCCUCGAGGAGGAGGCCUGCACUGAGCUGGUACCGUACUUGGGCUUCAUACUGGAUACGCUUGUGUUUGCGUUCCGAAAGUAUCAGCACAAGAAUCUGCUUAUUCUGUACGAUGCAAUCGGUACGCUGGCAGAUUCGGUCGGACAUCAUCUGAACAAACCGGAAUACAUCAGCAUGCUAAUGCCACCGUUGAUCGAAAAAUGGAACAAUCUCAAGGACGAAGACAAGGAUCUGUUUCCGCUGCUGGAGUGUCUGUCCAGCGUUGCUACGGCACUGCACUCUGGCUUCCUGCCCUACUCUGAGCCGGUCUAUCGUCGCUGCAUAUCGUUGAUACAGCAAACAUUGAUCCAGGAUGUGGCCAGUACCACGAAUCCGACACAGUUCGAGCAACCGGACAAAGAUUUUAUGAUCGUCGCGCUGGAUUUGCUUUCCGGGCUGGCGGAAGGUUUGGAUUGUUACAUCGAAUCGCUCGUUUCGAGCAGCAACAUUAUGCAGCUGCUGUUCCAGUGCAUGCAAGAUUCGAUGCCAGAGGUGCGCCAAUCGUCUUUCGCGCUGUUAGGUGAUUUGACGAAAGCAUGCUUUCAGCACGUUCAUCCACACAUUGCCGACUUUUUGCCCAUUUUGGGUCACAAUCUGAACCCGGAGUAUAUUUCCGUCUGUAACAAUGCGACUUGGGCUAUUGGAGAGAUCAGUAUCAAGCUGAUGGAAGACACUAAGCCGUACAUUCCGAUGGUGUUGGGGCCGCUAAUUGAAAUAAUCAACAAUACCAACACACCCAAGACUUUGUUGGAAAAUACUGCGAUAACAAUUGGGCGUCUAGGUCUCGUGUGCCCCGUAGAAGUGGCUCCUUCAUUGCAACAGUUUGUGCGACAGUGGUGCUCAUCGUUGCGCAACAUCCGAGAUAACGAAGAAAAGGAUUCCGCUUUCCGUGGGAUGUGUCAAAUGAUCACGGUCAAUCCGGUUGGUGUGGUGCCCGAUUUUAUAUUCUUCUGCGAUGCGGCUGCAUCGUGGAUGACACCGCAGAAAGAUUUGCAUGAGAUGCUGCAAAAGAUUCUUCACGGUUUUAAGAUGCAGGUGGGUGAAGAAAAUUGGAGCCGUUUCGUCGAACAAUUUCCACCCCAGCUGAGCGAACGUUUGGCCGUAAUGUACAGCAUCUAAGGCAUGUGUUUUUGGCAACGACGCACGAGAAAACGGCCACUGGUUGUUGGUGGUGAAUGGCAAGUAACAUAAAAUUAAUAUUCCUUUUGCUCCACAUCGGCUUUUGAAUCGGCCGUGAUGGAAGUGGAAAUAUCAAAUGGUCAAAUUGUUCUUAAGUGUUGGGCGUCGGGGUUUGACAAACACUGCAAUGAUCAGUUGUGCUUGUUUAAUUUUAUCAACGAAUUUGAAAAAUAGCUGGUGUAGUCUUUUUUUUUAAACUUGCCACGCCCUUACGCGUUAUUAUACGAAUCUAUCCUUAUAUCGUUGCGCUAUAAACGAAUUGAAAGUGAUGUUGAAUAGGAGCAAGUUUUUUUUUUAAAUUUCUUUACAAUUUGUAUUGAACCAGAUAUUUGGUAACUGUUUGAAAUGAUGAACCAAAACAACUUACAGUAAAUUGGUAGGUUGAGGCAUUCGCAUUGUUAAAUAGUAAACUAAAUCUAAGUAGUUGUAUUUGCGUCCUCUCUACACAAAUGGAAGUGAGGAAAUAGUGAGGCUUUUAUUUUGUCAAGCUCUAGAAUCCGUUUAUCAAAAUUGGCUUUACCAACGGGGGGAGAAACAAAUCCCCCCGCCCUCCCCCAUUACGUAUUUUGUAAAGGUUGUGAUCUCUGGUACAUGCAUACGUAGUGCGUCGAAAGAUCACGACCCAAUUUCAUUUUCGAUGGUAAAGAUCGAAUAGGAUUGGGCUAGUUUAAAAGGAAAACAAAAACCGUAAUUGAAAAUUGUAUUAAGAAUCCCCACACUAUUGCAUGUAAAUGUAACGCCAUGUUUUCUAGUUUCGAAACUCCUUUUUCUACGAUAUCUCAUCAGCAGCAGCAGUACUCAUUAAUCAUGAUAGUUUUUUUUAAUUGAUUUGUUGUUGUUGUUUUUUUACGUGUAUAAGCUGCUGAUGCUUUGCAGCUUGUUGAGCAUUGUAAACGUUUGAAGAUUUAUGUUGCAACUCCAUGUUUGCAAACACGUAUAUAUAGGAUACAUAUAUGCAUGUGUGCGGCAUUUUAGUUACAUCCAUAUAUCUUCCCAGCUCGUCAAAAUUCCUUACUCUAAUUCCCCCCGUGUAUAUCCCCCCCUCCACGAAAGAAAGAAAGAAGAAGAAAACAACAACGCGGAACCAACACACAAACUGAGCAACAGCAGCAACUGACAAAACUCAAAUGAAAGUAAUUUAAAAAACAAAUUCGAAUAAGUAGCACACCAGGGUAAUUAAACUCUCCUAUUGGAGACUUCUGACGUUUGAAAUAUAGGUGUUUAGGAUAAUACUAGCGGUUAGGGCAAAGUAACCAAUUUAGGAAUCGUUUAUCAAGAGAAGCAUAGAGAGGGAUAACGGAAGGAUACAUAAAUCUAGCGAAGUUGAUAGGGCUGUGCAUGUACUCAGUAAACAUUAUUGAAACAACGGAUAGGAGAAACGGAAACAUACCAAAAUGAACAGAUCCAACAUUGCCAAGAAAAGGGAAGGGAAGAGUUAAAAGUUAGGGACAAUUUUAAGAAAAAUUCAACUAGGGAAACUAGGGAAACAAGCAAAUAGGGAAAUCAGUGUGUGAUUGAGUAAUGUGAAUGAAUGAAUGUGUCUUUCUGUUUUGUGUGUGUGUAUGUAUGCGAGAAAGCCACGAGCGCUUAUUUUCCGUAGUACCGAAGCAAUGAUAGUCCUGAUGGCUCUUCGUAGUGUUUUAUUUCUAACAAACAAACAAAACAACUGAAUAAUUAAUGUAGCAAAAAUGGUCCAAUUCUUCAUGAACAACAACGUGAGCAAACAAACAGAUGUAGCAAAUUUCGCAUCUUCAUACAUGAGCAAACAAAACCAUUCGCUUUGUGUUUGUAGUACGAAUCAAUAACGAUAAGUGUAACAAUCUUUUUUUUUCUCCUUAUUUUGAACCGGUACUAAGCCGGUACAGAAACAGGGCAAAACAAGAAGAAGUGAUAUUAUUAUUAGACAGGAGACAAAAUACGUAAGGGUAGUAGGGACUUUAAGGCAGCGUAGGUUAAGGAAACAAAAGCAUAAUCGUCGCGUUCGCGUUCGCAAAAGUAUAUCCGGGUCGUUAAAAUAUCGCGUUAAUAUAUCGGGUUCGGGUCGCGUUUAACCGUAUGAAACACAGUCGUUGUCCGUGUCGCGCGUCGCGUUAUUAAAUAUCGUGUAUCGGUCGUGAACUUUAAUCGUGUUAGGGGAAAGGUGAGGAAACGUUGUAUGAAUCGUUGCAAACGGGUUUUUUUUUUGUUUUGUUUUUAAUUUGAUCUGUUGAAACUAUUCAAUAAUGUGUCAGUGUAGUUUCGAAAUCGCCGUUAAAUUCAUCUCCAUUAUGGACGUUUACGUUUGUUCGGCAAAGCGUUAAACAAGUAUGCUUCAUAUUGUGUUAUAAUGAUUCGAAUAAAUUUUUAGAGGAAAAAAAAUAAUAAACAAAUACGACAACUCUAAAAUAAAUUAAGACCCAGAACUGAAGCAUUAAGCAAUCGGCUUCUUGCUAGUGUAGAUCAAUUUACGGAUUGGCGGAAUCUAAGUCUGAUUACCUUCUUCUUAACAAGACAGGAAACACUGAGUCUGACUGGUUUUAUGUUUUAACACUGCACAAAGAAUCAAUCCUUGCAGCCAACCCGCGGGUAAUUAGAAGUUCGUCCGGGUACAAAUAACAAAAUACAAAUCAAUGGUGCACGCCAAAGUGUGUAGAUAACUCUGCAGUUAAGGGGCUGAACUGUGUUCCGUUGUGUGCCAUUAGAGAAUAGUGAAAGAUAUUAUUUAUUGCUCCAGCGUGGAUAGAAAUGUAUUUAAAGAAAACAGUGAAAUCACACCGCAAACUGCAAACUGCAAAAUCGAGGCACAAACACAUAUUGUCGGACGAGAAUAAAAAUAAGAAAACGUUAAUAAGUAUUCUAAAACAAAGCUAACUGAUACCAUUCUGCGAAAACAGGAACUUUACACACUUUAGCAAACAAAAUAGGGUCAGGAAACUAAUUUAUUAAUUGCUGGUCAUACCAAAACGGAAUAUGUGAAACAAGUGAGGAAAGCCUUAUAGGGAAUUAAAUAAAAAAAGGAAAAAAACACCCCUCGAACAGUGUUAGCUUAAAAAAAACUUUACAAUCCGGUAAACAUACAAUGGCGUGGUGUGUGUGUGUGUGUGGGUGAGUGGGAUACAAGUGUAGUUAACAAAACUCUAAAAAGACUGAACCGCAAUCCAGAACAUAUUUCCAUGCAAAAAUACACCUACAGACAGUAGAGAACUGAAGUAAAAAAAAAACAUAUAACAAGAUUUAACACAAAACGCCUACGAAAACCACAGCAAACUAAACGUGAAAGCAUUGUUAGCAUAGGUUAGGGACCUCUGAUAGAAAUGAUUCCACCAACUCCCCUUUGUGAUGUGCUUUUUUUUAUAGCAUCCUUAUCCUAAACUGGAUAAUUGGUUUUUGAUCGUAUAUGUGUUCUAUCAUCUUCCCCCCGCCACUUAUUCAAUUCCAUCCAACAGUAGCAAAUUUCCCUUUAUAUUGGGUGUGUUUAAAAAUGGUUUUACUAAUAGAAUCACAACCAAACGAUGGCAGUACCUUACCAUUCUUCAGUUCUGUUUGGAUUAAAUUGUUUUAACUUCUUUCUUUGCACAUAAGCGCUAGUUAAGGCUUUUUGUUAUUAUUGUGACGACGAUCGUGAUGUGUUGCAUGGUUAAAAUUUUCACCCUCUUUUUAUUUUACAAGUAUAAAUACAUUCAUACAAAACUAGAUUCUCAAAGGCAACACACACGAACCUGAUUGUUUCAAACGUAAAUUAAAAACCAAUGCCAAACCAAACCGCUCCCACAAAUGUGUAGAAAUUAAUGCGAGAUCGUAUAGAAUUAAUGCAAACAAAAAGAAAGGAAAAUAUAUAAUGGUGGGUAUCCGAGAUCCGAGGGCUCUGUGAACUCUGUGACAAAAGAAAUUCAUUUAAUUGUAAAAGAAGGCUGUGUGCUAUGGAUUGAUCUUAGAAGGGAAUUUGUAAAUGUUCUAAUUAUGCAAAUAGAAAGAAGGGCAAAAAAAAAUAAAACACAAAAAAAAACAAAACAAACAACCAUAGAUCAAAAUCGAACAAAUCAAAAACGCACACCCACACGCCGUUAUUGUUGUGAUAUUUCAUGUCCGCUACACAUCAACAAAAUGGUUCGUUCUUCAUCUUUUUAAUACUCGUUUCAAGAUUGCCAAACUUAGCUUUUUAUACAUUUUUGCAUCAUUUUACAACCGUAAAAUAGGAGCAGGAGGAGUAUAGUCAAUUUUUUUGUUCACACAUAGGAACUUAUUUAAGAAUCUGAAACAAAUCACACCACAACAAAGCUUAACAAACAAAAGAGAAAAGAAACUACUAGAACAAGAUGAAAGAAGUAAAGAAGUAAUGUAAAAAACAAAACCAAACAUGUAACAAAAACCCGCUUAAAACAUAGAAGCAACACAGAGCGUGCAACAACAAAGCCGAAAAACUAAAAGAAAAACACUAAAAACAUAAUUCUAAAUCGGGUCGUCGUUCCUCAAAGCAACAAGAAAAAUUAUAGCAAAUUAUGUGCGUACAACUUAUCCUCUCGCCGGUUCGUCGUUGUCCUCGCGUCGCGUAUAUUAAUGGUCGUAAUAAAGCAAAAACAAAACGUAUUUCGGGUUAAACUCGCGUAAAUCUCGCCGUGAUCGUGAUCGUGUAUACUCAUCGUCUCGCGUUCGUACUAUCGUAUUAUCUCUCGUGAUCGUGUCGCGGUUAUUCGUCCGGUAUUAAACAGUGAAAGGAGUAGGGUUACAGAAUAGGGUGAUAUAUACAGUAGGGAUUUGUUUUUUUUUAAGUAUAUAAUAGGGUAAAUCGAAACAAACUCAUAAAAGGGCAGUCAGGAGACAGUGAAUUGUUAGUAGACGUUAGGGAAAUACAGUUUCGAGGGAACACACAGCUAGGGAACCAUAAUAGGGAACUGUUUUGCAAAUCAAGGGCCAAAACCAAAACCAGCUGCUGGUAGUUAUUAUAGCUUGUAAAGUAAACAGAUUCUCUUUUUUCCUUCCAUUCGUCUUUCCUGUCCUCUGUGUGUAGUGUAAAAGCAACAGCUGCAUCAACUCCUGUGUACUCAACUGUUUUAGUUACAAACUACAACAAAAAAAUGGUAUGAAUGCAUGUCUGUGUUUAUGUAUGCGUGUAGAGUGUAUGAAUGAUCUUUAGAACAAAAUGUGUACAGGAUAUGAAAGCCUUAAUUAGUCCCUUUUUCAAUUACUUUCAAGUUAUUUAAGUCCAGUCCGUGACACCGAGUGAAACACAUUUCGGAAGCAGUUCGCUGUUAUAUUCAAUGUAAUCGUAGCAUGAAAUUAAAUUUCGUUUACAAAAAAAAAAAAAAUUCUUAAAGGAAAACAAAUGAAAAGGUGCUAUAAAAAAGGGGCGACCGCAAUAAUUGUUGUUACCUUUUAUUACUUUACUUUUGCUGUAAUGAGUAACUAAGAACACAUUAGCCACAAAUCAUCAUCAGGUCACAGCACAUACCAUUUUGCGCUUUAACGAUAAAGCCUAAUAUUCGACUCACAUAAACUCACUGGCUAGCUAAUCAAAUUCCCUGUGGAGAUGGUGAGCGUUUAGUUCUUUUUUAGUACAUAUGAUUUAGCGUAUGCAUGCGUAGUGUCCGGUAUGAGUGUGUUGUUUGUGUGUGUGUGUAUGUUUGUGAAUUGAGGAAAAAUAAUAAGUAAAUAAGAAUGAAUGUGCGUGCGUGAAAAGAAAAACCAACACAGUAGGGUAUAUAAGGGGAUCGUGUCCCGCAAGAUAAGGAGCUAAACAAAAGGUGAUAGUGUUAGGGCAAAUCAAGAGUGAAAGCAAUAUAGAAUCACUCUGACGAAGAUAUAUAGGUAUCAUAAUAACAACGGAAGUCUCAUCCCUCCAUCUCCUCGUCCCUGAUCAUGUUCCGCUAAAUUACCUUCCUCUUCCUCCCAUCUAUGAUCGCGUCUUCUCCCUUUUAUGAUCUUUUUGCGAUAACAUGAGCAAAAAAAGAACACGGCCGUAUGAGAGUUAGUAAACAAUUUUUUGCUUUUUUUUAAAUUAUUCACGCUGCGUAUACCAAUGCGCUUAGAGCUAAAACAAAAAUGGAAAAUAAAUCAGUAAAUCCCCAAGAACAAAACGUCAAUAGAGUAGUUAUUUCUGCUGUCCUUUAUCGUUUAAACACUUGCGUGUAGGCAGCAUCAAAGAAGUAAAUGUGAGACAUUUAUUUUGAAAAGGAUUCAUUUCAAACAAACUGUUAGAACUACUGCACGGACAAUUCAGAGUUGUCUGUGUUAAAAAGCAGACAACUUACAUUGCAACAACAAACAUGUAUUAACUAUAAAUACCCAGUACAGACACACAUUAUUGGUGGAGGAUAUUUUUCUCCUUUAAACCUUUAUGAAAAAAACUUCAACAUUAAUAAUUGUACAGCAGGAGAAAAGGAGGCAGGAAACCUGCGUAAUUAAGUAAAAGAGGAUGUUUUAUGGCAAACUAGCAUCCCAUAAUCCAACGCAAGGAAUGAAUGAUGCGGACAUAAAUGCUCUUGCUUCAUUAGAAAUUAAGAGCGCAUAUAAAUCUUUCAAUAAAAAGUAAAGAGAGAGAGCGAGAGUAGAAACUCGUUCAUAAACAAAACUCAACUGAAGCUUUACCAACAUUCAAACAAAACAUACUACACACUACUCCUUUUCAUAAACCUUUAACGCGAUACAUUCGCUUAGUAAAGAUGUAUUGUUUUGCGUGUUGUUUCGUACCGUGAACAAUAAAUGUGCUGUAAUAUAUAGGCGCGCGUGCAGAGAUACUUAAACAAGAGGACCCCUCCUAAUAUAAACAAACAGUACUAAAGCAGAUACAAACCAAUAUAUAUAUUAAUCUCUAGUUCUGGCAAAACAGUAGAACAUACACCACACCCCCGACUAACAAUUGGAACAUCGGGUGUUGGGAAGGAAAUACGAAUAUAUAGUAGAAGGGCUUAAGUUUGAACCAUUCUGGCGUUAGUUUCAAAAGGCAAAAGCUGCUCCCCGUGCUUAUAUGAAAACAAUGCGAAGAAAGGAAAUUUUGAAGGAAUGCAUGCGAAUAGGUAGGUUGUAGGUGUUUGAGAUACCAGUAGAAUUUAGAGUCAGUUUGGUGAAUUUGUUUAGUUUACCCGUCUCUUCACCGCAAACAAGUGACAAAAGAACAACUACAGCGUGUGGUUGUUAAACGUUUGUAGUGUGUGUAAAAUAGCAGAGCCGUUAGCGAGCCAGCACAUUAGAAUAGUAUAAAAAUGCAGUGCAUGUCCCAAACACUAAAAAGAGAAGGAUACGCUGACUGCGAAACACAUAUUAUACAUCUAUAAAUCUAUGAAAAAGAAACAAAAAACAAAACAUA